UUCGUUAUCUACGAAUAUUCCGGACCUUUUUAUUUUUGGUGGUGUUCGAGUUUCAGAAACUAGCCUCGGUCACUCGGUUACUUGUUUCUUCUUUAUCGUCAACGGGGAGAUGGGAGUUACCAAGGAGCAGGUUGAAGCUUCUCUGACAUCAAAGAUGAAUCCUUCUCAUCUUGAAAUAAUCGAUACAUCUGGAGGGUGUGGUGCAAGCUUUGCGAUUGAGAUAGUAUCAGAACAAUUUGAAGGGAAGAAGUUGCUGGAGAGGCACCGUAUGAUAAAUUCCGCCCUGGCAGAGGAGAUGCAGCACAUUCACGCACUCUCCAUUAAGAAAGCUCUGACUCCUACGCAAUGGAAACAACAACAGGAGUCGAUUAGCACUCCACCUUCUUCUCAGUAAUUCUCCAGAUAUUCCUCAUACUGUGAUACAUAAAGACAUGUGAAUUCUCCAGGAAAAUGGAACAAGAAUCUAACUUGGUUUCUAAUACUUCAUAUUAAUAAGAUCAUCCCUGAAACCUUGCUAUUAUAA